AUGCUGCGACCACUAUCACCACCUAGUCCCGUACACCCUGCACCUAAUGAAGAAUUAAGACCAAAUAGUCUACCGACAUCUCAAUUACAAAAUGAUGAUUUAGAUUUAAAUCCUGACUUGUAUGAUGAUGAAGAAGAAGAUACAGACGGUAUUGGUAAUGACGCAACUACGGAACACUCUCCAACUACAAAUGUCCAAUUAUCAAUUCCUAAAGACGCUCAACAAGAGGAAGCUAAUCAUAAUACAUUAAUGGCUGAUUUAUCUGAUCUGCAUGAAUUUGAUAAAGUUGAUUUGCAAAGUAUUAGACAAAUUACCCUUCCAUUUGAUGAAGAAUAUCAACUAUUUAAAACCACAGCCAAUGCAGGCUCUGUUGGUGAUGAGUUAUCCUCACAACAACAAUCCAAGUUUAUAAACUAUAUUGAUGAUCAAUUAUUACAAAUACAAAGGAAAUUCAUCAAACAACAAUCAACUGAAGAUGCGAUAUAUCCAUUUACUUUAUUAAUUAAGGAUCUAGAUUCUAUAUUUGAUAUUAUUUGGGUGUCCAUAAGUAGGAACCAACAUCCACAAAAAUCCUUAAUUGGACAAGAGGAGUAUUAUAUCAAGAUGUUAGGUGAUUUAGAAGAUUAUAUCACCCAUUACAAGACCUUAUUUGAUGAAAAUUGGCAAUUAAACUCCAAGAAUCAAAGAAUAUUAAAAGCUGAUUUUAACAAAAUUGUUGUUGUUUGUAAAUUCUUACUGAAAAUGGAUUUGCAAUUGAGUUUUAUCAAGGAUAAUGGGUUUUUCAAUCUGACCCAAUGUGUCAGACUAAAGAUGAUCAUCGAAAGAUUACGAUAUCUCAUAAUGGAUAAAUUUGAAAUCGUUGUACAAAUUCCUAGAUUAAGAAAUGUUUUGGAAGUGGAAGCUAGUAGGAUAUUUGAAGGGAUUUUGGAAAGACUCAAUGGAUAA